AUGAAUGCUUUCCGACCUGGUAGAGCGAAAGCCCUCGUGCUGGCGAUGCUCGCUUUGAUUCUAGUGUGCAGUGUCUACUUUUACCGAUCCCCGAUCACUGCGUCCUCCAACGUCCCCCUAGUCCCAAACACAGCAUUCGAGGUUCCACUCACGGAACGCCAAAAAGACUUCUGGAAGGUCCUUCGACCCAUAAUUGAACGCCACAAACCGAGUUGCCCUUCCCCAGAAAAGCGAGGCGAUGUUGAAGCUCUGCACUUUGACCCCACAAAAGACCAGCCGCGACCCGACCUGACGGGCCUGAGCGAGGGAGAUGUACACAAGAUGGAAGAAGCACACGCGGCAUUCAUCGAGGAUGUCAAGAAGUCGAACAAGGAAUUGAAGCCGAUUCAUACCCCAGGCAAGCGAGGACUGGUAUCGACAGCUGGCGCUACGUACCUCCCCGUUUUUGUCUCGUCACUGCGCAUGCUCCGCCGUGCGGGGUCAACGUUGCCGGUUGAACUCUACAUGAAGGAUGCCACCGAACACGAGAAACAGAUUUGCAAUGAGGUGCUUCCCAAACUCGAUGCGCGGUGCUUGGUGCUGGCGGACGUGGUGGGUAAAAACAUCAUUGAACACUAUCAGCUCAAGAUCUUCGCAGUUCUUUUCUCGUCCUUCGAAGAGAUUGUCUGGAUGGAUGCCGACUGCUUCCCUCUUGGCAAACCCGAGGAACUGCUCGACUCGGAGCCAUUUAAAACCAAUGGCCUCGUCACAUGGCCCGACUUCUGGGCUUCCUCCACGUCUCCGUUAUACUACAGAAUUUCACGCCAAGAAGCACCAUCCAUGGCUGCCAGACAGUCAUCAGAAACCGGGGCAUUCUUAGUCUCUAAGAAAACCCAUUCCCUAGCUCUCUUGCUGGCAGCGUAUUAUAACUUUUACGGCCCCUCACAUUAUUUCCGCUUGUUAAGUCAAGGGGGACCUGGCGAGGGCGACAAAGAAACCUUUAUCCAAGCCGCCUCGGCUGUAGGCGCGCCUUUCUACACUGUCAGUGAGAGGGUGCAAGCCAUCGGACACGCGAAUGCGGAUGGGCUGUCAGGGUCCGCUAUGGCGCAGUCGGAUCCCCGUGAGGACUUUUCCUUGAUCAAGCAGGAUAAAUGGCGUGUAAAAGACGAGUCCGUUGCCCCCGCACCACACAUUUUCUUCAUCCACGCAAACUAUCCUAAGUUCAACCCCGGCGACCGGAUCUUCGGCAUGGGAUGGGAAACAACACCUACAUUGAAGGAGGACGGCUCAGAUGGACGCGCCUGGACGGCACCACCAGAUACCAUCAAGCGAUUUGGAUACGAUGUCGAAAAGGCUUACUGGGAGGAGAUCAAAUGGGUGAGCUGCCAGCUCGAAACAGCGUUCAAAAUGUGGGAGAACAAAGUGGACCUGUGCAAGACAGUCGAGGAAUACUGGGGCCAUGUAUUUGCUGAGCCGCAUGACGAUGACCCCAAGUUUACUCUGGAUGGCUGA